CUCGGCUGCAGGUACAAGGGCAGUGCGACUCGACCCUGCCUGAGCCAUGCCAGCCAACCUCACAGAGGGCAACUCACAUGCCAACCAGACGGUAGCUUGCACUGAAAUUGUCACUUUCACUGAAGUGCUGGCGGUGGAGGAGGGGGGGUCCUUCUAUUCCUCCUUUAAGACAGAACAGCUUAUAACCCUGUGGGUCCUGUUUAUUUUCACCAUUGUGGGAAACUCUGUUGUGCUGUUCUCUACGUGGAGAAGGAAAAGAAAGUCCAGAAUGACCUUCUUUGUGACUCAAUUGGCCAUCACAGACUCCUUCACAGGACUGAUCAACAUCCUGACAGACAUCAUUUGGCGAUUUACAGGAGAUUUCAUGGCCCCCGACCUGGUCUGCAGAGUAGUCCGCUAUUUGCAGGUUGUCAUGCUGUAUGCCUCUACCUACGUCCUAGUGUCCCUCAGCAUAGACAGAUACCAUGCCAUCGUCUAUCCCAUGAAGUUUCUUCAAGGAGAGAAGCAAGCCAAAGUCCUCAUUGGCAUAGCCUGGAGCCUCUCGUUCCUGUUCUCCAUCCCCACACUGAUCAUUUUUGGGAAAAGGACACUCUCAAAUGGUGAGGUGCAGUGCUGGGCACUGUGGCCUGAUGACUCCUACUGGACCCCAUACAUGACCAUUGUGGCCUUUCUGGUGUACUUCAUCCCACUGACAAUUAUCAGUGUCAUCUAUGGCCUUGUGAUCCGAACUAUUUGGAUUAAAAGCAAAGCCCAUGAGACAGUGAUUUCUAACUGCUCAGAUGGCAAACUAUGCAGCAGCUACAACCGAGGGCUCAUCUCAAAAGCAAAAAUCAAGGCCAUCAAGUAUAGCAUAGUCAUUAUCCUUGCUUUCGUCUGCUGCUGGAGCCCAUACUUCCUUUUUGACAUGCUGGACAAUUUCAACCUCCUUCCGGACACCAAGGAGCGCUUCUAUGCCUCCGUGAUCAUCCAGAACCUACCAGCCCUGAACAGUGCCAUCAAUCCCCUCAUCUACUGCAUCUUCAGCAACUCCGUCUGCUUCCCCUGCAAGGAGCAGAGAUCACAAGACCCCAGAAUGACAUACCGGGAAAGAAGCGAGAGGCAAGAGAUGCAGAUUCUCUCCAAGCCAGAAUUCAUCUAAACCCUGAAGCAGUGUUGCUGGGCUGAGCACAUUCAGCCCUCCUGGAGCUCCAUUACCAGUUAGUGGAUGUGCAUGAAUCCUGAGCCAGCCCAGCCCCACUCCUGCAUCACCCAGCAGAUGCAUGAGGCAAACUUCCAAAGUGAGAGCAUACCAGCUGCAAUGCAAGCACUAGCCAACAUGAACCCAUCACCCCUUUAUGUCAGCUAGAAAAAACACUUCUCCCAACCCUUCUUCCCACAG